UGAGCCUAUUCCAGCUGGGAAGCGGAAUUAUUGCCUCAGCGGGGUUUUGUUUGUCUGGAUUUUCUUUCUGGAGCCGAAAUAUUUAAACACUUCUAUUACGGGUUUAUUGUGUUUAUUUAUUGAUCAAGAUGGGCUGCGCUGGAUUCACCUGCUCCAAACACUCCCUGUGCGCGCUCAACAUCCUCUAUGUUAUGGUGAGCCUGCUGAUGAUCGGCAUCGCAGCGUGGGGGAAGUGGUUCGGUCUGGUCUCCAGUUUCCAGGUAGUGGGAGGCAUCAUCGGUGUGGGCGUCUUUCUCUUCUUUGUGGCCCUGGCCGGCCUCAUGGGGGCCAUGAAGCAUCACCAGGUCCUGCUCUUCUUCUACAUGAUCGUCCUGUUCAUGGUGUUUGUUGUGCAGUUCUCUGUUUCCAGCGCCUGUUUGGCCAUCAACAGAGAGCAACAGGACCACCUGCUGGAAGUGGGUUGGAAUAACUCUCAGAGCACUCAGAGGGAUGUGGAGAAAAGCCUCAACUGCUGUGGCUUCAAACAGGUGGACCCCAACCUCACCUGUGAAGCUUCGUGUUUCCCCAACCACUCGUGUUUGCCCUGUGCAGAGAAGAUCCAGGAAAAUGCUGGCGAGGCUCUCCGCUUUGUAGGAGGGAUCGGCCUCUUUUUCAGCUUCACUGAGGUGAGCCAUCACAACCACAACACUGCUGAGGAUGGUCAGAUGCUAUGCACAAGUAUUAGCGUUAGUAGUAUUGGUAGUCACAUUAUUUGUAAAAGUAUUAGUAAUAGUAGUAGCUGUAAUUGCAGUAAUAAUAGUAAGAAGAGUGGUGACAGUUAUGGCAGCCACAGAUACAACCCAAUUUUAGUGCCUACAUUGACAGUGAAAACUGUUGGCCGGAGUAGAAACGGGGGAAUCAUGGUGUGGGUCAAAGGGGACGCCUCCACAGUCAAACAAGGGAAUAGAGCGAAUGAGCUGGUGGUGGCAGCAGCUUACCAGAUGGCGAUGGAGGAGGUGAGGAUGGACUCAGUGAUGGCAGUGGAAAAGUGCACCAUCAUUGACUUUGGCAAGCUGAACUUCUUCAGCUACCUCUGCUGGACUGUUUUUGGUGAUGGAGGUGGUGUUCACCUCCCACUUGAGGUCCUGGGAAAUGAUGGUGCCCAGGAAGUGAAAGGACUUCAGUGUUGA